AUUUAUUAUUUCGGUGUUCAUGAAUAUACGAGGGAUGGUUUCAGUCGGAAAAUGGAAUCAAAACAAAGACUUACGCUGACUCAGGGGACUGUGUGUUGAAGGGAAAUAACAACCAGAGAGGGUUACCAAGGUAGUGACGACGCACAGGACGGAGGAGACAGCCGAGGGAGUGUGUUAUAGUAGCAGAGAUACACACACACACACAGAGAGAGAGAGAGAGAGAGAGAGAGAAAAAGAUAGAGAGAGACAGACAGAGAGAGAGAGAGACCUCUGAAAUCCAAAGUUACUGCAGCAAUAUUUCACACUGGCGUUAUGAAUUUAAGGCCCAAUUAGUCUGCGCACGCAUACACGUAGCUUUGCGGACUUUUGAUGGACUUAAAUCAUCCGCAGACUCGCUGUUGAUUUGUCGAUGAAGACCCUUUCAGAUUGUGGACAGGUGACAGCUAUAACUGCCCAAUGGAGAAAUAUGAAAAGCUGGCCAAAAUUGGCGAGGGUUCCUAUGGUGUGGUGUUCAAAUGCAGACACAGAGAUACUGGCCAGAUAGUAGCCAUCAAGAAGUUUGUGGAAUCUGAAGAUGACCCUGUCAUUAAGAAGAUUGCUUUGCGAGAAAUACGCAUGCUGAAGCAGCUGAAACACGUGAAUCUGGUCAACCUGCUGGAGGUUUUCAGGAGGAAAAGACGGCUCCACUUGGUGUUUGAGUUCUGCGAGCAGACGGUCCUCAAUGAGCUGGACAAACACCCUCGAGGGGUUCCAGAGGCUCAGCUGAAAAGUAUAGUGUGGCAGACUCUGCAGGCUGUCAACUUUUGCCACAAGCACAAUUGCAUCCACCGUGAUGUGAAGCCAGAGAACAUCCUCCUCACCAAAACUGGAGUCAUCAAGCUCUGCGACUUUGGCUUUGCACGCAUUCUGACAGGACCAGAAGAUGAGUACACAGACUAUGUGGCGACUCGCUGGUACCGGGCCCCCGAGCUGCUGGUCGGCGAUACUCAGUACGGGCCUCCUGUGGACGUGUGGGCUCUGGGCUGUGUCUUUGCUGAGCUGCUCCACGGGAAUCCACUCUGGCCUGGAAAAUCUGACGUUGACCAGCUCUACCUCAUCCGAAAAACUUUAGGUGACCUGAUCCCUCGUCACCAGCAGGUCUUCCGCUCCAACGUUUUCUUCAGUGGAGUCAGUAUUCCUGAACCCGACACAACGGAGCCCUUGGAAAAGCGCUUCCAUGGCAUGUCUCUUCAUGCCCUCCAGGUUAUGAAGUCAUGCCUGGUGAUGGACCCCUCUCUCCGGCUGUCCUGUGAAGAGCUGCUUGAGCUGCCUUACUUCCAGGAGGAAGGAGUCAACUGGGGCCGUGAGGGUGAGCGCCUGGGAAGACGUCAUGACAAAGGCUCUCGACGCAGACAGCCAGGGGCUCAGUACCUGCCUCAGUUACCAAACAGCAACAUCUCACCAGCACCGGAUGUUAAGAAACAGGUGAAGCAUAAAUAUCACCUGCCCAACAUUUAACGAAGCAACUAAUUGGUCUUCAAGUCUGUGGCUGAACUUCGAGAGAUUGACUUGUGCUAUGCUUUGUGCAAUCGUUUCAAUACAGUCCAUUUUGAAGACGCAUA